UCCUUUUCGACUACACGCAGAUAACUCACCACAAUUGCGUUCUGGCGAUAGGUAUGUGGGUGACCGUUGCCGUUUGUCCUUGAUUAGUGACCUCCACGUGAAAUUCGAAAUUGUUAAGGAAGCCACGUAUUUAAAGUUCUUGUGGCUGUUUCCAUUAUUGAAGUGAUUGACAAUAUAAUUUAUCGGAAACGAGAGAUAAAGAAUUGUUUCUUUUGCUCUUCCAUACGAGACCGUGUGGGGAUUAGUGAGGCCCAGGGCCAAGAGCUGCACACCCACGAUGUCGCAGCCAUCGGUUGCCGCGUACUUCACCUCGAGGAAGAGGCCCGCCCAAGAGGAGCUCAAGAACAAGGCCAAGGUACUCCUCCUCGGGGAUGAUGAACAGCGCCAGCAAGCCUUGCCGAGUCUCAUCUUACCCAGCGAGAAGCCAGUCAAGGCGGAAUCCGGCAAGACAAAAAUGGAUUUUAAGAAAGACCUAGUAGCCAGAAACUUAUUAUCAGACUUGAGUUCCAAGCCUGGAAGACUCUCAAAAACAAGGACAACUAAAUCCAAGAAACCAUCUGCAAAUGAGGACGUCAGACAGCAAAAUAUAGACAGUAUGUUUAAACUUAAAGAACCUAGCGAUGGAACCUGUGUGUUUGCAAAGUUAGGUAAUUUAAGCCCAAAAAAAUCUGUUAAGACCCAUGCUUCCAAGUCAUCAAAAACACAUCAAAAAGUGUCAGGAAAGGCAACACAGACAACCCAGACAGAGGAAAAAAAUUUGCAAGAGGCCGAGGCAUGUAAAACUCCGACAAAGGAGCCCGCAAUUUUCAAGACUCCAACAAAAGAGCCUACAAUAUUCAAGACACCGACAAAGAACUCUGUGAGAGAGUUGUCAUAUGAUGAAAUAAAAGGAAAAGUCCUCGUAAGUGCCAGAUUGAAAGAGUUAAGGGCGAAAAUUGCUCAGUUCCAGAAUUCAGAAAAGAAGCUGGAAAGCUUAGAGGAGGCACACAAAAAGAAAAAGGAGGAGAUGACAAAAGAUGAAGAGCGUGUGAGAAUUAAGAAAUUUGAUCACAUCGAGAUCGAGAUACCAGUGAGUCCACAAAAAGCCUUUUCGUCGCCCAAUAAAUUAUUCAGCCCACAAAAAACGAUAUCGGCUCUUUCGCCCAUGGCCAGUCCAGUGCGUCGAUUGCUCUUUGAGCCAAAAGAAGAGCCUGCCAGUCUUGUCAAAGCUAGUCCCACAAAAACUCCAGCUUACCAGCGGUACCAGUCUCUUUCAAUAGCUGAAGGCAAAGAGCUGCCUCUCCCUUACAAGUACCGAUUUCUGCUGGAGAUUUUCCGCAGUAUCGAUACUAUAUCGGCAAUGCUGUACAAUCGCCGGGAAAUGAUAACAUUUAAAAAACUUAAACCUGCUGUACAAGAGCUAAUGCGUCGUAAUUUCACGCUCGAUAACGUAGCACAGAUCAAGACUGUUUGGCCAGAUGCUUUUAGUUUUCGUUAUGAAAAAAUGCGCAGUUUUGGCACAUCGAACUCGGAAAAAUAUGAGCUUGUCAUUACACCGAAUAUUCAACAGGAGAAGAAAAGCAGCGGCAGAAAUACUCCAAACGAAGAGGAUGUCAUUAAAUCUGCCAAUGACACGAACAUGAAUCCACAAAUUUUGCUCAAACGCAGGCACAUAUUUAUGAAAUUACUGUUGGAAAAAGUUAAGGAUGAGCAUGAAGAAUAUUUACAAAGCCUAGAAGUGCCAUUGCUCGUUUCCAGAGACAAAAUUACGAAAUGGCAUCCAGCGUUCGAUUUGGAAAGUUGUAAGGACAUUGAUAAAGCAGAUCUGCCCAAAGAACCAAUUAUGGAUAAAUUUAACUCAGCCAGGGGCGUACUUGAAGCUGCCAAUAAUAUGUUUAAUAAAAAUUCACGUAUGCAGAGAGCACUUGAAAUUCUUGUCACGAACAAAACGGAAGUCAGUUCUCCUACAGUUACAGAUGUAAAAACGUCAAUCGGGGAUUCACAACUAAAGUUGAAUAGCUCAGUUGUAGAUACACCACCUGCAACUCCAAACUCACAGCCUAAAGACUUAAGCAAUUCAAUGCUCAGUGGUAUACCAGCAUCUCUUUUGGAGAAAAUACGUGCGAAGCAAGCAGCCAAAGCUUUGGAACUGAUGACCAGAUCGGAGGAUGCGCACAAAGAAGCGGCGAUGCAUGCUCGCUUGCCCAGUAUGGCAAAGAUUGUGCGCAAUAUUUUCGUGACCGAAAAGAAGAAUGUGCUGCCGCUUGAACAGGUUGUACAAAAACUCGACGACUCGUUCAGAACGAAGCUAACAACCAAUAAGCUUGAGGAGCAUCUUAAGCUGCUCUGCAAGCUACUACCUCUUUGGAUUAAUUUGGUUGUAGUUAGGAAUGUCAAGUACGUGAAACUCGCCAGGGACUGUGAUAUGGUCAAAAUUAUUCACAGGCUAGAAGUGCUUGCUGAAGAGAAAGUUUGAUUUUACAUGUGCCUUGAUAAAAACAAUUUUUGACUUUUUUUUUUUAGUCAGUUCAUGACAACGCAGCAUUGAACUGUGUAGUAAAAAUGUGACUUAAUUUUGAGCAUCAUUCGCAUGUAUCUUAGUUUUACUCUAAAUAAAUUUUAAUUUUUUUUUCCCGCGCGACUGGUGUUUAUAAGUUUUUAAUGUAUUCUAUUUUUGUAGAUAUACUGAAAGCUUCUCGUGUAAAUAUUAAAGUAUUGUAGUAAUAUGUAAAUUGAUGUAAGAAAUGAUAAGUAAAAGCUGCAAUAGAUUUCAUAUGUUAA